CUCGGCUCCUCAGAGGGAUGACAUCUGAGGGAGAUCACUGCUCCCGAACUGGUUUCCACAGCCAACAUGAAUGAGAUGAAGAUUGCAGUGCUGGGCGGUGAAGGUGUUGGCAAAUCAGCUCUCAUCGUCCGGUUCCUCACCAGGCGUUUUAUUGGCGAGUACGCAUCAUCCUCAGAGUGCGUGUACAGGAAGUGUCUGUCUGUGGAUGGGAGGCAGGUUCACCUGGAGCUCUAUGACCCCUGCUCUCAGGCCUGUGAGGGUAAGUCUGCUUUAAAAAGCCAGAUCCACUGGGCUGAUGGUUUCAUCUUGGUGUACGAUAUCAGCGACCUCUCCUCCUUCCUCGCCGUCAAAGCCAUCGUGCACCUGAUCCGAGAGCUGCACCAUGGAUCUGCCAAAAGGAACGUAGACUCGCCCAUAUUUCUGGUGGGCAACAAACAGGACCUGUGCCACAUGCGAGAGGUGCAACGUGAAGAGGGUCAGCGUCUCGCCGCCGAGUUUCACUGCCAGUUCUACGAGCUGUCGGUGGCUGAGCACUACCAGGAGGUGGCGCUCAUAUUCUCCAAGAUGGUGCAGAAGGCCAGCCUGGGCAGCAAGGCCAAGGAGCGCAGGAGGCGCCCGAGCGGCUCCAAGUCCAUGGUCAAGCUCAUCAACAACGUCUUUGGCAAGAGGAGGAAAUCGGUGUGA